AUGGCACUUAUUUGCAUUGGCUCGGUUUGCUUUUCAUUAUUUCAUGUUGGUAUUCUAAUUUUAGUCAUUAUUAAUUUUUUUUAUUCACAUAUAAAGAAAGUAUUGCCUCAAUGUUUCAGUAAUGAUAAAAAAGAUCAAAUACAAAAUGUUCUACAACUAAAAAAGAAAAAUAAAGAAUAUGGAAAAAGUACAUAUAUAAAACUACCAGGAAAUUUGAAUAUACAAGACAUAUUUCAGUCUACCCAAUGUAUGUCUGUUGUUUUGAAAUUUGGGGCAACUUGGUGUAAACCCUGUGUUAGUAUUGAAGAAUAUUUUCGAAAACAAACAAAUUAUUAUGUUGCCACAUUAGUCUCUAUUGAUGUUGAUACACAUAAAGUAUUGAAAAAGGAACAUAAUGUUAAUGCCUUGCCAACAUUUGAUUUUUAUUUUUUUUUAAAUAAUGAAUGGAUAUUAGCAGAAAGGAUUGAAGGAGCAAAUGAAAAGGAACUUGAAAAGGCCUUUCAAGCAUAUACUCUAUCAAAAUUAGAUUAA